GAAUUGUGAGGCGAUCAACAAUUUAUCAGUGGGAUAUUUUAAUUUAUGGCAUUAUUUGACUAAAUUUAGGUUCAACUGUUCACACAACAGCCUGUAUCCGAACUCAUGUCCACUGCCCGACAGACCUUCCUCAAAGAACUACAUUUCCCAGAUCACCUUGGGGGUUAAAGGGUACCGCCCCCAAGCUACUCUCACGUAGUAUGAAGAAGUGUAAGAGCAAUAACAGGGGCACGUGUAGUGGAAGAAGUGGGAGCAAAUAGUUUAUGUCCUCAGUAAACGGACCGAGGAGUGAUUGGGUCAGACUGUAAGUGGGUGUCAGAAGUGAGAUCCUGAUCUGAUAGAGAUUUGGGUCGGGUUGUAGGAAUGAGCGCCACGCAAUUCAUUCAGUAUUCCACCCCCGUGAAAGGGGGAAGUGGGAGGGUUUGCGACUGUUUUAUGUAACUUGCAGUGUGCAGUCGACUACAUGUCCGCUCUUAUGUAAGGGAUAUUUUACGCCUCCUUAAACUGUUCGUUGUCAGUUUUCUCCUAGAUCAUCUUGAUUCAUCACACGGGAGGAAUAUCUACAAAUCCAUAGUUUGCACAUAAUAAUAGAGUGUACAGCUAUGCCUGAGGGUCCAGAGCUUCACCGUGCCAGCCUCUUUGUAAACAAGGUGUGUAAGGGCUUGAGCUUUGCAGGUGCAGUGGAAAAAUCUGCCGUCAGCAAGAAUACAGAUGUGCCGUUUAGCUGUCCUGAAUACACUAUCAGCUCUGUAUCCAGAGGGAAGGAAGUGAAGCUGAUCCUAACUCCUCUCUCUGAUGAAUCUGAAGAGACCCACAUUGUUUUCCGGUUUGGCAUGUCGGGUAGUUUCAAGUUUACUCCCCAAGACCAGAUCCCUAAACAUGCCCACUUGCGUUUUUACACCAAAGAUUCUCCUCAGCGCGUGCUCUGUUUUGUGGAUCCUCGCCGUUUCGGAACCUGGGAGGUGCAUGGUUCUUGGCAGCCAGAACGAGGUCCUUGUGUGAUUCAGGAAUAUGAGAAAUUCAGGGAAAAUGUUUUGAAAAACCUCUCAGACAAAGCAUUUGAUAAACCGAUCUGUGAGGUUAUGCUUAACCAGAAGUACUUUAAUGGCAUUGGCAAUUAUCUGCGAGCAGAGAUUUUAUUCAGGUUAGAGAUCCCACCUUUUACGCCUGCUCGGUCUGUGCUGGAGGCUGUGAAGCACCAGAAUCAGAAUAAUGACCUCUCACUCAGUAAGAAAAUAAAGAUUAAGAAGGAAAAUCCUGACAUACUGCAUCUGUGUCAUCUGGUACCACUGGAGGUCAUUAAACUAGGUGGGAAGGGUUAUGACCCUGAGCAUUCAGAUGAUUACUCUGAGUUUGAGCAAUGGUUGCGCUGCUACUUUGUUCCAGAAAUGAAAUCCCUAAGAGACAACAAUGGACGGACUAUAUGGUUCCAGGGAGAUCCUGGGCCACUUGCUCCCAAAGAUAAAAAAUCAAAGAGACGUCUGUCUGUGAAGAAGCCAUUAAAGGUGGAGAAGACUGCAACAAAAGGCAAACUUGGAGGAAAUGUGAAAAAAGAAAAGAAGGAAGAAAUAGAAAUAGAUGAAGUUAAUGCUGUAAAGGUAGCAGAGAAAAGGCGAGGGCACAAAAGAAGGGAUGGUGCUGUAAAGAAAGGGGUGCAGAAGUGGAAGAAAGGGAAUGAACCAGAAAAACCGAGAAGAGUUAGAAAAGUCACAGCCUCUGCACUCAACCCUCCUGCCCGGCCACUUAGGGGAAAAGCAGUGCAAGACAUCUCUCUGCCAGCUGUAACAAGGCCAAGUAAAUUGAAGUCUGAUAGGACCUCUCUGACACAGGAUUUGCCAGUGGAAAAAAGGAGAUCACUGAGAAAACGUAAGAUGACAUACAUGUAGUAUACAUGUGGCAUACUUUGAAAACUUUGUAGUUGGGCAGUCUGCCCUGCUUUUUGAGACCAGCGUUCUCUGUGAGGGAAAAGAAACUAAAUAAAAACUGGAUAAAUAGAUAGCAUGUGCAAAAUAAAAAAUGUUUCUAAUAUAGUUAUCCAGACAAAAAUGUAAUCAAUAAAGACUAGAGUGACUGGAUGUCUAA